AUGGAGUUUGGUGAUGGUAAUGACGAUGUUUCUCCAAUGGAGUUUGGUGAUGGUAAUGACGAUUUUUCUCCAAUGGAGUUUGGUGAUGGUAAUGACGAUGUUUCUCCAAUGGAGUUUGGUGAUGGUAAUGACGAUUUUUCUCCAAUGGAGUUUGGUGAUGGUAAUGACGAUGUUUCUCCAAUGGAGUUUGGUGAUGGUAAUGACGAUGUUUUUCCAAUGGAGUUUGGUAAUGACGAUGUUUUUCCAAUGGAGUUUGGUGAUGGUAAUGACGAUGUUUUUCCAAUGGAGUUUGGUGAUGGUAAUGACGAUGUUUUUCCAAUGGAGUUUGGUAAUGGUAAUGAUGGUGUUUCUCCAAUGGAGUUUGGUGAUGGUAAUGACGAUGUUUCUCCAAUGGAGUUUGGUGAUGGUAAUGACGAUGUUUCUAAAAUGGAGUUUGGUGAUGGUAAUGACGAUGUUUCUCCAAUGGAGUUUGGUGAUGGUAAUGAUGGUGUUUCUCAACUGGAGUUUGAUGAUGGCAAUGACGAUGUUUCUCCAAUGGAGUUUGGUGAUGGUAAUGAUGGUGUUUCUCAACUGGAGCUUGAUGAUGGCAAUGACGAUGUUUCUCCAAUGGAGUUUGGUGAUGGUAAUGACGAUGUUUCUCAACUGGAGUUUGGUGAUGGCAAUGACGAUGUUUCUCCAAUGGAGUUUGGUGAUGGUAAUGACGAUGUUUCUCAACUGGAGUUUGAUGAUGGCAAUGACGAUGUUUCUCCAAUGGAGUUUGGUGAUGGUAAUGACGAUGUUUCUCCAAUGGAGUUUGAUGAUGGCAAUGACGAUGUUUCUCCAAUGGAGUUUGGUGAUGGUAAUGACGAUGUUUCUCCAAUGGAGUUUGAUGAUGGUAAUGACGAUGUUUCCCAACUUGUACUACUUGUAGUCAAGGGAAUCGGGAUGAACAUGUUGAAACAAAUAAUGUGA